UUGGAACCGGAAGUGCUAUUAUUACGUGAUCUUCACUGACUUGACAGCGGAGGCAGUUAGGCUAACAUGGAGGAUUAUCAGGCAGACGAAGAGACGGCUUUUGUCGUUGACGAAGUGAGCAAAAUCAUUAAAGAGUCCGUGGAAGCAGCCAUAGGAGGAAAUGUGUACCAGCACAACAGAGUGAACCAGUGGACCACCAAUGUAGUGGAGCAGUGCCUCAGUCAACUCAGCAAACUGGGAAAGCCUUUCAAAUAUAUCAUAACAUGCGUCAUCAUGCAGAAAAAUGGAGCAGGUCUGCAGUCAGCCAGCGCUUGCUUCUGGGACAACUCUACAGACGGAAGCUGUGCAGUGAGAUGGGAGAACAAGUCCAUGUAUUGCAUCGUCAGUGUUUUCGGACUUUCCAUUUGAGCAUAGAAACAUGUAGGAUUUUCUGUAUUUUUGAGAACUAAUGCUAUGUUUGAUCAUUUUUGCUGCAUUUUAUUACACGUUAUGUUUUUGUGUUGUUGAUUAAAUCACUACAGUGCUGUA